GAUUUUACUUUGGAACAGUACAGUUUGACACCAGUUAAUGGAUGGAAGGCUUACUAUGCUGCUACAAGAGCCAUUAUUAAUACUAAUGCUGAGUUUUUUAGAAUCAUUAGAGAAAGAUUACUUCCAGCAAUGGGUCAGUUUUGGCUUAAUGCUGAUUAUGUGAAGUGCUUUCACGCAUCUGGAGAGUCCUUUACGGGAUAUUCUUCUGGACAAAGUGCGUGGAUGGUCAUUAGAGUGACUGGAAGUUACAAUGCAGUUAUGGAAAGCUGGCAACUAGCAUUUAGUUGGGAGAAUGUUGCUGAUUUCCAGAUUCGAGAUGUAAGAGCACGGGUACUGACAGAUAUGGCUUGGGUUACCAUGAAAGCUUAUCUGGACAUGGAGACUGGGCCAUUCACCGUGACUAAUGUUUACGAGUUUCAUAAUGGGAGGUGGUACAUGGUGCACCAUCACAGCUCAGAACUGCUCAUUCAUGGAGGUGGUGUGCAACAUUUUCUGCAGCAAGCAUGACAAGGAAGAUACUAAAAUUUAGUAUUGAAACUGAAAAUUGGUAUAGUUCUCUCUUUUAUUAUUGGUCAUGACUAUUAGAAAUGACUCUAAGAAAAUCCUUUGCGAUUUCCUGGGAGAUCUUAGUAAUUUUUUGUCUUUUUCCGACUUCAGAUUUAGAUCCCUCCUGUGUGGAAGCUGUCAGUUUCUGGGGAUUUCAGUUUUGUUGACAACUUUUUUUAUGGUCAAAUACAUGCACAGAUGAAGAUUUUGCUUCUUUUUUGUUCAAGUGGAACUUUUGUGAACACGGCAAUUACACAUUGGUCGAGACCCAGGAUUUUGUUUA